GGCAACUUUGCCUUCUCCGUCCCUCCAAAUUCCAUCCAUACUCGAGCUUCAUUGAUACCGUUUGUCGUUGUCCCCUCCUUUUCUAUAAGCUCAUAUAUGAGAAUCCAAUUCCCAGACUCUUCCUAAUCCCUCUACAUCUCUACAUUAUGUCUCUUGUUCCCAAGCUUGCAUCUUUCUCUUCUUCUCUCUACAAUUCACCUCAUUCCAGAAACCUCCAUGCUUCGACCACACAGCCCAUUUGUUCAUUCAACUGCAAUCUCUCUACUUCGGCCUUCACUGAGAAGCACUCUAUCGAGAGGUACCAAAGGGACCGAUGGGUUUACGAGAACCAAUUGGGGCAAACUCUGUCCUGCCCUCUCCCAUCCUCUUCGGGAUCCAUUAGGGAGGACGAGAUCGCCCUGCAGCUCCCGGAGCUGAAGAAGUUGCUUCAGGUGCUGAGAGAGAAGAGGGAGAGUGAAGGGAAGUGUGGCGGCGGAGGUGAAGGUUCGCCGCCGGGGAAUGUGUUCUUGGUCGGAACUGGACCUGGGGAUCCUGAGCUUUUGACGUUGAAAGCUGUUAGGAUUAUAAAGAAUGCUGAUUUGUUGUUAUAUGAUAGAUUGGUGUCGAAUGAUGUGUUGGAUUUGGUUGGUCCGGAUGCUAAGCUCCUCUAUGUGGGCAAAACUGCGGGGUACCACAGCAGAACCCAGGAGGAAAUACAUGAGCUUCUUCUGAGUUUUGCAGAAGCUGGAGCAACUGUUGUGAGACUUAAAGGAGGUGAUCCAUUGGUGUUUGGGAGAGGUGGGGAAGAAAUGGAUUUUCUGCAAAAGCAAGGUAUUCAUGUGAAAGUCAUCCCAGGUAUAACUGCAGCGUCUGGAAUUGCAGCAGAGCUGGGGAUUCCAUUAACACACCGUGGUAUUUCAAUGAGUGUGAGAUUUCUCACAGGACAUUCAAGGAAAGGUGGAACAGAUCCUCUGUUUGUGGCAGAAAAUGCAGCUGAUCCUGAUUCGACAUUGGUUGUUUAUAUGGGCUUAUCAACCCUCCCUUCAUUGGCCAAAAAGUUAAUGGAUCAUGGUCUAUCCCCCCAAACCCCAGCUGCAGCCAUUGAGCGAGGGACCACACCUCAACAACGCACAGUUUUUUCAGUACUGAAGGACCUUGCUGAGAAAAUUUCAUCUGCUCAAUUAGAGUCGCCAACACUGAUCAUAAUUGGAAAAGUUGUGGCAUUAUCACCAUAUUGGUCAGUUUCUUCAAAAGAAGAAUCGUGCUUGCUGGAAGCAUGAUGGGCGUUAUUGAUGUAUUCUGAGCAACUAUUGAAAAAGCAACUCCUCAUUUUGAAGCAUGAUGGGCAUUAUUAAUGUAAUCGGAGCAACUUGUGAGAAGGCGACUCCUCAUUGUGAAGAUAUUGGUAUAUUCAUGGAAAACGAAAAUGUAGGCAGGCAAGUGCUCCGAUGCUUUGGAAAUGCAGAACCUCCAGGCAAGUGCUUCGGUGAUGAUAUUUAUUGGUGUAAUUGCUGCGUCAGAACAGCAAAAUUUGAUAUUACAAGUUGGACGUUGGGAUGGAUCCCCCCCCCCCCAAAAAAAAAAAAAAAAACAGAAUCUCAAGCUCAGAGGAGAAACUUUUUAUCUCAUUUCUCAUUCAUGGCAAAUUACAACAGAAGAAUCAAACAGGUUCUUUGGUCGCUAAAUCAUGUCAUUAGCCUCAUUGUUUUAUGACUUGUAUCUGAACGUGAUUUGAUUUAUUAAACUUUUCUUUGUUGCUA